AUGGAUAGAAAAUGGGAUCCUCAUCUCCAAAGAGCUAUCGAUAAUGCAAGCGGCGAUGUAUCUGGCAGUGUAUCUCAUCGUGAAGAUAGUAAAGAUCAAUCAUUUUCAACCAACCUCUUCACAAAUCAAAACACUCAACAAUCACAUCCGGGAACAGGAUUCAGCUUUGGACCGUCUCCAAUUCAGCGUAGUCAACAGACAUCAGGAUCAGUUUCGGGAUUCGGUCAAGAUCUGAAUGUGCGGGCUUCAUAUGAUAACAUGGAGCGUAGCCAAUCAUCUGGAUAUCUAAUGGCUCCUAGUGAGCAACAACCUCCUUCUGCAGGUUUCAGUCUUGGACCGGCACCUAGACAGCCUGGGCAAAAGUUGUCACCUCCUGGUCAAGAUACAAUUGUGCGAACCUCAUACAGUAUUCCAGGGCAUGAUCCACUUUCGGGGUACUUGAGUCGUCCAUCGUUUGAGCUGCCUCAGCCUUUGCAAAGGCUUACUUAUCCUACCACUAGCAAUGGCAACGGCCAAGGCCGCUUGUCUCUUCCUAGGUUUCCUUCUCUUAUUGACAGCCAGGCAGAAUCGAACUCCCUUGGUGAGCUAAAUAAAACUAGGGUACUGGCCAAUGCAGAUCAUCACUUUAACAAAGCACAGAUCUUACAGGACAUUGAAUUGAAAAGCAAGCCGAGGAGCAGACCGGCACAUCUUUCCAAUUCUGGACUUGGUGAAGGACAUAGCCCUCUCACUCAGCUUGCCAAUAACAUGAUCUUGCAGACAUCAAUGUCGAUGCCUCGACCUGGUGGACCCAACCCUCCAAGCCAAAACAUAUUUCAAACACAGUUGGAGAGACCUCAGCAAUUUCAGCUGCAGAAUCAACAGAUUACGCCGCCAUUUACUAGAAAUAACUUGAGUGCAUUUGCUUAUAGACCUCCUGAACGGAUGAACGCCACGACAGACUCCUCUCCCUCAGCCCUCCCAGGCUCGAGUCCUAGUGCUAGGGUCAGCUCUCGUCGAAAUUCGAACCGACGUUUACCCCCAUCCAACACACGAGAAGUAGAGCAGGGCUUCGAAUACCAGUACAUAACUCCACACACACCUCAAAAUCAAACAUCACCCAGCGACAGAUAUGCUCUAUCGUCGAGGCCCUCGCACAUACAAAAUUUAGAUCGCAGUGCAGAACAUUCGGGCUUCUCUCCUGCACAGCAGACAUACCCUGGUAGUGCUGGGCAAGUCCGAAAUGAUAGACAAAUAAUUGCCUUCGGAAAUGCACCGCCUAUGGCACACGGAAUUCAACUUGUGUCUCCGCAUGAACUUCCCGAUAGGUUCCGACAGGUUUUCCCAUACGAACUCUUCAAUGCUGUCCAGUCCAAAUGUUUUGCUCCAAUCUAUAAGACCAACAAUAACAUUGUUGUGUCAGCCCCCACUGGAAGUGGUAAGACAGCUCUUCUGGAACUUGCUAUUUGUAAGCUAGUUGAAAGCUAUGGUUCUGGACAAUUCAAGAUCGUGUAUCAAGCACCCAUCAAAUCUCUCUGUUCGGAGCGUAUGAGGGAUUGGACUAAGAAGUUUAGUCAUUUGAAUUUACCUGUUGCAGAACUUACUGGUGAUACAAGCAACGCGGAGAUGAGCAGAGUCGGAAAUGCAUCAAUCAUCAUAACUACACCAGAGAAAUGGGAUAGCAUUACUCGGAAAUGGACAGAUUAUCAAAAGCUUUUGCAAUUGGUGAAGCUGUUCUUGAUUGAUGAGGUUCAUAUUCUCAAGGAUGUGAGAGGUGCUACUCUUGAAGCUGUGGUUUCUCGGAUGCAUUCUAUCGGGACUAGUGUUCGAUUUGUUGCGCUGAGUGCUACUGUUCCAAAUUCAAAUGAUAUUGCGACCUGGCUUGGAAGAGACUCGAGCAGCCGUCAUUUACCUGCACAUCGAGAAACUUUCGGUGAAGAAUUUCGACCUGUCAAAUUACAAAAGCACGUUCAUGGAUACGAGAGCCGUGCAAAUGAUUUUGCUUUCGAAAAGAUUCUUGAUGGUAAAAUCCCAGCUCUGAUUCAGAAGUACUCGUGCAAGAAACCUAUUAUGGUUUUCUGUUUCACAAGAAAAUCGUGUGAAGGUACCGCGGCUAUUCUUGCUGAGCAUUGGACUAGACAGAGAGUAGUAGAUCGUGCUUGGCCAGCUCCAACGAUUCGAACAGCAGUUGGAAGCAAAGAUUUACAGGAACUGGUGGGCUGUGGUGUCGCCUAUCAUCAUGCAGGUCUUGACUCGCAAGACAGAUGUGCCAUUGAAACAGCUUAUUUGAAAGGGGAUAUCAGUGUGAUCUGUUGCACUUCAACAUUGGCUGUUGGGGUCAAUUUACCUUGUCAUCUCGUGGUUCUGAAAGGCACGGUCUGCUUUCAAGAUAGUGGUCUUGUCGAGUACUCCGAUCUCGAGGUUAUGCAAAUGCUAGGACGCGCUGGAAGACCCCAGUUCGAUGAUAGCGCCAUUGCCAUAAUCAUGACCCGGAUGGAUAAAGCGGAUCGAUACAAAAAGAUGAUCUCAGGUCAGGAUACUCUGGAGAGUACACUACAUCUGAAUCUCAUCGAGCAUCUGAACUCCGAAAUCGGACUUCGUACAAUCAAAACUGCUUAUGAAGCCAAAGUAUGGCUAGGAGGAACGUUCUUGAGUGUCAGAAUGAGACAGAAUCCUAACUAUUACAAGUUUUCAGGGAUAGUGUUCAGUAGAGACGCGGACGAACAGCUCGAGUUGGUGUGCGAGAGGGAUGUAAAACUCCUUCAAGAUUAUGAGCUUGUCACAAAGGAGGAAACAUUCUCUUGUACAGAAUAUGGUGCCGCUAUGGGCCGAUAUAUGGUCCAAUUUGAGACGAUGAAACUACUUUUGAGUAUUCCUCGCCAUUCGAAGACGGAGCAGAUAUUGAACACAAUAUGUCAAGCGGCCGAGUUCAAAGACCUCCGAAUGAAGCCAAAUGAGCGCUCUAGUCUUCGGGAAUAUAAUAAAUCUCCGAUGAUGAAAUUCCCGAUCAAAGAGAACAUAUCAACAACAGGACAUAAGAUAUUUCUCAUGAUUCAAGUGCAGCUUGGUGGCAUCGAGCCGCUAACGAAUAAUGACUUUCGCAUCGUUAGCCGAAAUUUCUCUAUGGAGACAAACAUCAUCCUCGAUCGAUUCCAGCGUUUGAUUCGGUGUGUUGUUGACUGUAAAGCUGUGGAUUGCGAUUCAAUAUCUACACGCUUUGCUCUCGAUCUUUCUAGGAGUAUUGCCGCAGGCUAUUGGGAGAAUUCAUCGCUGCAAUUGAGACAAGUCCCACAAAUCGGACCUGCGACUCUGCGAAAAUUAAUAGGAAACAAUGUCAAUACUGUAGAGAAGCUUGCUGGACUUGAUAUUUCAGGAAUUGAAAGAGUAAUGGGCAAGAAUCCUCCAUUUGGAAAGAAAAUGAAGGACAGUUUGAUGGACUUUCCUCGACUAACUCUCAAGGCUCAAAUUGUUGGUAGAGCGUUUUCAAAAGCAGGAGAGCAGCCAAAAGUCAAAGUUAGCGCCGUCUUUGGGUAUGCGAAUACAAAAGUACCCAGCUGGUUGGGCAGGAUACCUGCUUUGACUUUCAUAGCCGAGACAUCGAAUGGAAUCUUAGUGUGUUUCUGGCGUGGAAACAUCAGACGAUUGUCAAAUGGUAGUAAGCAAGAAUUUACCGCCGAGCUUUCAUCACCAGAUGAUGAGAUCAAAUGUUGGAUCGCUUGUGAUGAGAUUGUUGGCACUAUGCAAUCUUGCGUUCUGAAGUAUGAUAUUCCUGCGUCUGAGUUUCCUCCCCCAAAAGUGGCGGUCGAAGCGAAGCCGGCUAUUAAGAAAUCGAAGGUUGCCGAUGAAACGGGUACGGUUGAUGAGUUUGAUGAAGGGAUUGACGAUGAUGCUAUGCUCGCCGCGGCUCAGCAAGUCGAAGGCGAAAGUCGAGUUUCCAGCGACUACGGCUCGGAUGCCUUCAUUGAUAUUGACACAGUUGGCCAAGAAAAUUCUAAUCAAAAUGAAAGAGCGAGAGAAGAGAUCGAUCAACUAGAGCCUAUCAAAAUGAAUAAUGGAAAAUGGGCUUGCAAUCAUCAUUGUCGCGAUGGAAAUCUACUGAAAAACGGUCAAUUGUGUAAGCACAAGUGUUGCAGAGAGGGGCUGGACAAACCUAGGAAGCUAGCGAGGAAGAAGUCCUCUAUUGGAAUUACCGGAGAUCAAGGUUCGAAGACUGACGACAAGAUCAAGGGAUCUGUGGCGAAACCCAAUAUGAGUAAUACUCAACCCUCUGGUAGUAAACCAUUUCCAAAAUUGGCUCAGAAAUCCCGACCUACAUUUUCAGCUGGUCCAAGCUCCGAUCAAGACGCUGUCGAGAUAAUCGACCUUUCGAGAACAUUACCUGCAGUCACAUAUCCGGAUGUCGCUCCCAGAGACUAUCGCAAAUUACAUAAUUUGCACACAAGCAUCCAGAAAGAUUCGUCUGUUAGACUCCCGAAAAACCCGCCUAUUUUCUCGUACGCAAGUGGAGAGUUGCCAAAUCUUUCAUUUAUGGAUACGGGUGGCUCUAAGAAUGGGAACAAUGACGAAUCGAACCUUUAUGAUUCGGAUGAGUACGAAUUUCCUUCACCUUCUGCUCUGCUUAGCAGUAAUAAGCGAGCAGCCACGAGUGGCCCUUCCUCUCAAUCUUGGCUACCACCUCCAGCCGUAGGCAUCGGUAGGCAAGAGCGAAACAACCAUUUGAACCCUUCAACUUCAGAUGAUCCAUUCGAAGAUUCAUCCGGCAGUGUCGAAGCCGCAAUGAUAGGUCUAGACGAUUCAAUGAAACUUCGACCUGCUACCCCCAAGCUCAACACAAGUUUCGCCAAUAACGUAUUCGAUUUUGAGGCGUUCAAUUCCGAGGAAGCGAACGCUCAACAUUUCUCUAGUCCGUUGAUGAGUGAUUCGCGUAGGAAGAAUAUACAGAAGGAAGUUGAAGGGGGAGAGGAGAUGGAUACUAUUGAUGAUGGUAUGCCAUCUAUGAAACGACAGCAGUCGAGUCCGUGGAUGAGAGAUUUCCGGAAUGGAAUGACGGGUCAUGAUCAUGGAGAUGAAUCUGGGUAUGAAUAUGACGAGAGCCCGGUAUUGCCUCAAAUGAAGAGAAGAAGAAUUGACGCGGGAGAGGAUGAAGAUAGAGAUGAGGAAGGUGCCGGAGAUUCAGAAAUGAAUCAAGAGGGGGUUAUGAAGUCUACCGGCGGUAGUAAUGCUCCAGCAUGGGUUCAUAAUAUGGGCUCUGAGAUCAUGGAUGAUGAUGCGGGUAAUGAUGGAGAUAAUGUGGGCAAGAAGCAGAAUACCCGAGUGGCGCCGAAUGUUCGUCCGGAACCUGCUUGGGUGAGCGAGAUGGACCCCGAUUUCAUCAAUCAAUUUAGAGGGUUUGUUGAUUUCGUGGAUUGA